GGCCGGUUGGGAAUUCCCGAAGCUUCCCACCCCUCAUCUCGCUCCGCCAUGCUCACCUCGCUCCGCGUCGGUGGCCGCCGCAUUAGCCGCCUCGGCCGUAGCUUCGCCUCCGCCCCGGAAGACAAGCGCUACAAGCCCGUGAACGAGGUGCCCGAGAGCGUCAUUGCCAAUGCCCACUCGGACCAAGUCUUCUCGCCCGGCUUUUCGAUCAAGGGCCAGAGCUCGUCGGGCCGCGCCGCGUACCUCGACGUGCAGGCCACGUCGCCGCUUGACCCGCGCGUCCUCGACAAGAUGAUGCCGUACAUGACGCACAACUAUGGCAACCCGCACUCGCGCACUCACGCGUUUGGCUGGGACGCCGACAAUGCUGUCGAGCACGCGCGCGAGCAGGUUGCGUCGCUGAUUUCGGCCAACGCCAAGGAAGUCAUGUUUACGUCGGGCGCGACCGAGUCCAACAACACGAUCAUCAAGGGCAUUGCGCGCUUCUACGGCGCCAAGAAGAAGCACAUCAUCACGACGCAGAUCGAGCACAAAUGCGUGCUCGACUCGUGCCGCGCCAUGGAGAGCGAGGGCUACGAAGUCACGUACCUUCCCGUGGGCACGAACGGCCUCGUCGACGUUGAGGCCUUUAAGGCCGCAAUCCGUCCGGACACGGUCUUGGCGUCGGUGAUUGCGGUCAACAACGAGAUUGGCGUCGUCCAGCCGCUCGAAGAGCUCGGCAAGAUCUGCCGCGCCAACAAGGUCUUCUUCCACACGGACGCGGCGCAGAUGCUCGGGAAGCUCCCGAUCGAUGUGGACGCGAUGCACAUUGAUGCCAUGUCGCUCUCGGGUCACAAGGUCUACGGCCCGAAGGGCGUCGGCGCCAUGUACAUUCGCCGCCGCCCGCGCGUGCGCCUUGAGCCCAUCUUGUCGGGUGGUGGCCAAGAGCGCGGUCUGCGUAGCGGCACGCUGCCGCACCCGCUCUGCGUCGGCAUGGGCGAAGCCUGCGAAGUCGCGGAGCGCGAGAUGCAAGCCGACCACGACUGGGUCCAGUACCUCUCGCAGAAGCUCGUGAAUGGCAUCAACGAGAAGAUCCCGCACGUCAUUCUCAACGGCGACGACAAGCAGCGCUACUGGGGCAACGUCAACCUCAGCUUCGCGUACGUCGAGGGCGAGAGUCUCCUCAUGGCGCUCAAGGACAUUGCUGUCUCGAGUGGCUCGGCGUGCACGAGCGCGUCGCUCGAGCCGUCGUACGUCCUCCGCGCGAUCGGCGUCGGCGAGGACCUUGCGCACACGUCGAUUCGGUUUGGCAUUGGCCGCUUCACGACCGAAGCUGAAGUCGACUUUGCGAUCGACCUCUGCGUCAAGCACGUCGGCCGCCUGCGUGAAAUGAGCCCGCUCUGGGAAAUGGUCCAGGAAGGCAUCGACCCGAGCACGAUCCAGUGGACCCAGGACCACCACCACUAGGCGUCCUAUGUUUGCGACCGAUGUGUGGAUCGGACCAGCUCGAUAAUAUACAUGUAUGAUGAUGACA